GCCAUGAUGGCAGAAUUGUAAGCAAGAUAGGCCAAAUUGGCCUUGCAAAAAAUGACUCCAGAAGAGCGUGCUGCUUAUGAAGCUAAGAAUAAACCUCCUCCUCCUACUAAUUCUGCAGAUUUCCAAGCUAAACUUGCAAUGUUAAAUCAAUAAGAGCCAGGACCUGCAUAAUAAUAAUAAACAGGUCCUCCAAACACAAAAGUUAUAGUAAACAAAGCUGCUCCUCCUCCUCCACCACCUCCACCACCCCCUCCUCCUCCCAAAGGAGCAGUACACUAAUGUUAUAUCAUUUUUAAAGCCACCACCUCCACCACCAAAACCUCCUGGUCCUCCUGCUGCUAAAGCAACAACUAACCCCACUAAUCCACCUCCACCAAAACCAGCUUAUUAGCCUCCUCCCCCUGUGCAAAACCUUCCACCUCCUCCUCCACCAUAAUAAAAUGUGAUGCCACCCCCUCCACCUCCUUAAUAAAAUUUAAUGCCACCUCCUCCACCACCAGUUCAAUAAUAAGUCCAAGCUCCUUCAUAUUAACCUCCUACUCAGUCAGCAUAAUAAACAAGUGACGUUACGUAUUUCCCAGUGCCAGGUUAACAAAAGUAAUAAUCACAAGAAGCAUCCUUUCCUGUUCCAAAAAAUUAAUAGAGUAUCUAAAAUUACAUUAUUUUAGGAUAAACUGUAGGAGAUGCAAAAUAAGUUGAAUUUCCUGAACUUAAAUAAGAUAAGAAAUAAAAAAUUGAAAUUAAUUAUUUUUUAGCUAUUGCUGGUGUUAAUUUACAAUAAUAAAUAUAAGCAACAACAUUUGAUAAUAUUGAUAAAAUUACACAAUUAGCUGCUCCCUCUCAGAAUGAUAAUUAGAAUCCAGAAUUUUUAUCAAUAAAAAAAGGAUUUAGAAAAUUAGAUAAGGAUCCUUAAUUAGCUGUGAUAUAUUUCUAAAAAUCUGAUACAUCAGUAGUAAAAGUUACAAGAAAUUUUGAAAAAUACCUUAGAAAUGAUAAUAAUAUAUGGACAUGUAAUUAAAAUAAGCAACAUUUAUAAUUAUUGAAGGAGAAAUAUGUGAAUGAAAUCAGUAAAUAUAAAUCUGAAUAUAAUUAAAAUAUUUAAUAGAAUGUGUUGAAACAAAUAGAUGAAAAUAGAUUUUAAGCAGCUUCAAAAAAAUUAGAAGAAAUCAUAAAAACAAAAUUUAGUAAUAAUGACUAUGUUGCAGCAUAAGCAUUACUUCCAUAAAUUUAAGUAAAUUAUAUUAAAAUUUAUUUAGAAUUUAAAAGAUACAAAAAAGAAAUAUGAUGAAUUGAACCCAGCUGCAAGACAAGAUUUAGUAAGUUCCUUAGAAUCGAUGAUGAUGGCUAUAGAAUCUAUGGCUUUAUGAAUUAAAAAAUUAAUAUUAUCAUGC